AUGGACUCCAAAGUCGUUGGAAUUCUCGGUGGUGGUCAGUUAGGCCGUAUGCUGGUGGAAGCUGCUAACAGAUUGAAUGUCAAAACUGUUAUCUUGGAAAGCGGAAAACUGGCACCUGCCAAACAAAUAAAUGCCGUUUCUGAACAUGUCGAUGGAUCAUUCACAGAUCCUGCUGCCAUUAGAGAAUUGGCAAAGAGGUGCGACAUUCUCACUGUGGAAAUUGAGCAUGUUGACACGGAUACUUUGAAAGCAGUGCGGAAGGAAACAGGUAUUCAGAUACAUCCUUCACCGGAAACAUUAGAGAUAAUCAAGGACAAAUAUGCUCAAAAGCAGCAUUUGAUGAAGUAUAAUAUUCCUGUUGCUGAAUGUUUAAGUGUCGAGAGUACUGCAGCUGCUCUUGCUAAAGUGGGAGAAAAGUUUGAUUAUCCUUACAUGCUAAAAUCUAAGACAGAAGCCUACGAUGGUAGGGGUAAUUAUGUGGUUGAGGAUAAAUCAUGCAUCAUGAAGGCACUUGAAGUGUUACACGACAGGCCUCUCUAUGCUGAGAGAUGGGCGCCUUUCACCAAAGAAUUGGCCGUCAUGGUUGUGAGGUCCGUCAAGGGUGAAAUAUUCUCCUACCCUACUGUAGAGACGAUUCAGCAGAACAACAUUUGCCAUAUUGUUUAUGCACCUGCACGGAUAAGUGAUACUAAACGGGCUGAAGCUCAGAUCAUGGCUGGUAAUGCUAUUGCCAGUUUCUCUGGAGCGGGUAUAUUUGGCGUAGAGAUGUUCUUACUACCCGAUGGUCAGUUGCUUGUCAAUGAAAUUGCUCCACGUCCCCAUAAUUCAGGUCAUUAUACAAUUGAUGCUUGUGUCACCUCUCAGUUUGAGGCUCACAUUCGUGCCAUUACAGGCUUACCUAUGCCCAAGAACUUCACAUGCCUUUCCACACCCAAUACGCAUGCUAUAAUGUUGAAUGUCUUAGGUGCAGACAAGCCAAACGGCGAAUUGAUAAUGUGCAGAAGGGCUCUUUCCAUUCCAAAUGCCUCCGUGUAUCUUUAUGGUAAGACCACUAGACCCGGCAGAAAGAUGGGCCAUAUUAAUAUUGUGUCAGAAUCGAUGGUCGAUUGUGAGCGUAGAUUGGCAUAUAUUCGUGGCGAAACUGAAGAAUCUCCAAGUUCUUUAGAUAUUGGCAUUGAGUCGCAGGCGUUGGUGAGUGUUAUCAUGGGUUCCGAUUCAGAUUUACCUGUGAUGUCUGCAGCAUGCAAUAUACUUAAGGACUUCCAGGUUCCGUUUGAAGUUACUAUUGUUUCUGCUCAUAGAACUCCCCAUAGGAUGGCCAAGUAUGCUAUAGAUGCUCCUAAGAGGGGUAUACGAUGCAUCAUUGCCGGCGCCGGUGGUGCUGCUCAUUUACCCGGUAUGGUUGCUGCAAUGACACCAUUGCCUGUUAUCGGCGUUCCUGUUAAAGGUCAUAUACUUGACGGUGUGGACUCCCUUCACUCUAUCGUUCAGAUGCCUCGCGGUGUGCCUGUUGCAACUGUGGCCAUCAACAACAGUACCAACGCUGCUUUGUUGGCCGUGAGAAUUUUAGGUAUUUUCGAUCCUCAGUACACAAUUGCCAUGGAAAAGUACCAGAGUGACAUGGAAGAUGGUGUACUGGUCAAAGCUGAAAAGCUUGAAAGCGGAGGUUAUGAGGAAUAUUUGGCUCAUUACAAAAGAUAA